GCGAGGAGCAGCUCUUAUCUCGUCCAGAUAAGGCUCGUUUUGUGAUAACACGGCUGCUAUAUCUACACAAAUGUAUAACAUAUCAGCCAUUCGGGCUUAGUUUUCCAUACGCGAAGGUUACUUUUAGUAAUUGUGCUUUUAGUUGAGUUUAUUGUGAUCUGAAUAUUUCAGUGUCUCGAGGAAGUGUGAGAUAUAAAUAAGUUUGAAAUAAAAACCAUUUCGAAUGGCCUGCUACAAGGACAGGCCUCCAUCCGUAUAGAAGACGGGAUAUGGUGCUUAGACCCAUCACGUUGCUCAAAUGCGAGUUGGCGGGCUUAGAGUGGUGGAACUCCUCAAUAAAUCAUACAGAGGAUUAAAAAGAGAAUUAAUUUUAAAAGAUGCCGUGGCAGAGACCUGCGGACGUGCCGGUCGGCCGCGUGUGGAGCAGAUUCAAAGGUCGGGAGAGAGACGGUGCGCCGCCGGUCAUGUACCAAAUAAGAGACAUGGAGGAAUCUUACAGGAAAACAUGCUUGGACAUGAUGCAAGAAACGUUCAUACGCGAUGAGCCCAUUUGUCACGCCUUAGGUAUAGCCUCAGAUCCAGAAUCAAUCCAAACGAUACGGAACAAUUGGGAGGAGUACGUAUCACAAAAGAUCUCCUUGGCAUGCUUCACGGAAGUGAACGGCGAACCCAGAGAUUUGGUCGGAUUCAACAUACUGCUGGUCAAAUGUAAGGAUGAGCCAGAGGAAGACAUAUCAAAGGUGAAAGGUGAAUCAUGGCGCAAAUGCCUGAAGGCCAUCGUAUACUCGGAGAAACUGGUUGACGUGUUCGAGUACUACGGCGUGGACAAAUACUUCACGUCCAGUGGACUGACCGUGCUGCCUGAGCACAGGGGACAGAAUAUUGGCGCGCGGCUGAUAGACGCCAGGAAAGAGCUUUCGAAGGCCUUCGGCAUCAAAGCAGCGUGCACAGUGUUCACGGCCACGACUUCUCAGGUGCUGGCGGCCAAGUGCAACUACCAGGUCAUCGCCACUAUGCCCUACGCCGACCUGCUCCAACAUGGCGUCGACUUGAGCAACUGCAGCACCAAGGAGGCAAAGGUUAUGGGGAUUAGGUUUGAAUAAAACCUUCUCUCAGUGCCUUGAGUGUCAGAGGGAGAUAAAAAUUUACGGAGCGGCUGUCUAUUUAAGCGUGGAAUGGGAUAUGAAAGAAAACUGAAAACAGCUGUCCAUUUAGUGGGUCCUAUAUAUAUGCCUUACUUCUAAUCUGCUGUGACAUUUUGAUAGACAACAGGCCGGAACGCGCAGGAACUAGGUUAUAGGUUACCUAUAACCCCGCUGAGAUAUUUAUUUUGUACACUGUACACUAUACUGCGUAGCCGUACGUCUCGUGUUCAGACUUCAGAGCAAAAUAGAGUAAGACUGCCAUUCCACCGAAGCGGAACGAAGCAGCGAGGCUCCUUUUGAGUGGACAGAGACUUGCGAGCUAUAGUUUAAAAAAUCAUAUAAAACCGGUAAGCGGAGCGAAGGAAAUAAAUUAAAUUUAACAUUUAUUUAUUUAACAUAGUCUGCAACUCGGCUCCGCAUUAGUCUGUUUCUCCGCUACACUCUCUUGCUCCGCUUUGGUGGACAGAUAGCCUUAGGCGCAUACCAACCGCCCUUUGUUCUGUGGUCGUCCCCAAUUCCUACGCAUGCUUCAAUGAAUAGAGGUGCAAAGGGAAUAUUUAUUUAAUAUUCUUUUAAAAAUACUCAUUAGAUUGAGAAACCGAAUAAAAAAUUUACUUCGGCUGACGAUGAUUACACAAGCAUUUUUUCCGAUUUCGACUUUUGUUAGUCGGCAUAUGCGUGAAUACCAGUUAUCAUAACAUGCCGAUGAGGAACUAUGUUGAUUUUGAGAAAUAUUUACGAAAUAAAACCGAAUUCCAAAAGGUCAAAGCGGAAAGCUACCAGCAAAGAGUUACCAAUGACUGAGAUAUGUUUUUCGGAGACACAAGUAAUAAUUAUACAAAAUUACUACCCUUGGUACAUCGCACUCAACUUCACAUUUUAUUUUUUUGUUUUGUCAAAGCUUUUUAUAUUUAUUUUGAUAGCAUAAUCUAUCAAAAUACUCCACGAUUUGACAAUAACUUAGACUGCAGUACCUAUACCAGUUGUGUGAUUAGAUUAUUAUUAUAGAGAUAAAUAAAAUAAAGAACAAAUAUAUUUUGUAAAUGUUAAUUUAUUAUUUAUACACAAAAUAUUGUUACAAAUAAAAUACGUUAUCAAA